AUGGUCUUCUGGGCAGCACUGAAUAUAGAAUCAGGCCUUUUGGACUCCAUUCCUGCACCACUCGUAACACUCAGUAUAUUUCAAACAGAGGACGACUCCGAUUCUGAUUUCAAGUCAGGUCCUUACAUACCAACACCGGCAAAGCCGAAGAAGAGGACAAGAAAAUCUUCUUCUAGCACACUUCCCCAGAAGAGGCGGAAGGCUACGAAGAAUAUCGAAUCUGAUGAAGAAGAAGAAUUUAUACCCAAUGUACACGAAAGAAAAAAGGAACUGCUGGUGAUCUUCGAAGAUGACGAGGAGGAUGAACAAGAGCUAGACGAAGAGUCCUCAGAUCAUUCUAAAUACUCUGAUGAGUCGAAGACAUCGGACCCCAUUGGCUUUCUCAACCUGUCCGCAAGGUCAUUGAAGAAGGAGUUAGAACGAGACAACAGAACAGACUCUGUCACGGAAUCUGAAUCUUGUGCGGAAGGUUCUUCGAUUCAGACAUCUCAAGCGAACCAGAGUGCUCGCAUAUCGGCGCCUGUUCACAAACAAACGACUACUGAAGGAUAUGAGCCUGAUUCGGUGACUGAAUCCGAGUCCGAUGCAGAAGCUGCGUCCCAGGUUCCUCCCAAAGCUACGAAAGCGUCUCACUAUUUGUCUGCUGUAGCACGAGGAAAGCGCCCUCAAGCCAGUACCCAAGAAUCAGACUCAGUAACUGAAUCUGAAUCUGAAUCCGAAUCCGAACCUCAACCAAUCUCAAAACCAAAAGCGCUAUCGAGAAGGCCUGGAUUUGUAUUGCAACCAGGACAGCAGUUGGCGUCUUAUUACCUAGAUGAACAAAAGACCGCCAAGAUACCAUCGACGCUCAACCCUUUUUUGCGAGAAUAUCAAAGGGAAGGCGUACAAUUCCUCUACCGGCAAUACGCAGCAGGGAAAGGAGGUCUUUUGGGAGACGAUAUGGGUUUGAAAACUGGAUUUUCAACGGACAAACAUCGACGUAAACAAUAUGUCUCCCGGCUGCAAGAUAAUAAAGAUUGGCGCAAACAUAUGCCCAAGGCAGACAAAAAAUGGCCUACGUGCAUCAUUAUCGCUCCCAGCUCUGUUACGGGGAACUGGGAACAAGAAUUUCGGAAGUGGGGUUACUUCGAAGUUGGCCUGUAUAUGGGACCUAAACGCGCGGAUGUUCUCAAAGACUUCAAGCUCGGACGCCUGGACGUCCUUGUAACAAGCUUCGAGAUUGCCAGCAGAGAUAUCGAAGAACUCUACGACCUCGCCUUCACAUGCAUCAUCAUUGACGAAGCGCACCGCCUGAAAGACAAGAACACCCAACUUUCCACCUCCUGUUCCAGAUUUCUAACCCCGCUGCGGUACGGACUUACAGGAACCGCGAUUCAGAACAACUACAAUGAGUUCUGGGCUCUCCUAGACUGGACCAAUCCAGGCGAGGUGGGCACGUUGAAGCAGUGGAAGCAUUACGUGACCACCCCGCUGGUGAAAGCGCAGUCUGCCACUGCGACCGAAGACGAACAGGUUAUUGGAAGUGCGGUGGCUGCCGUUUUAAGGGAUAAAUUGCUCCCCGAGUUCUUCUUGCGGAGGACUAAGGAUAUUAUAAAAGAUCAAGUUCUUGAUACCCUACUUAACGAGUGGCGGAAAGAUAAAACGAACAAAGUGUUGGUAUUUACCAAGUCUGUGAAGCUGCUCAACAUCGUCGAAGAUUAUCUGAAAGCAAAAUUGCGAUACACGUAUUUGAAGUUGGAUGGGAGCACCAAGCAGGAGCUACGGAUGGGACUCGUUGACAAAUUUAACAAGGAUCCUGAUAUUUUCUUAUUUUUAAUCUCGACUGCUGCUGGAGGGACCGGCCUGAAUCUCACAGGUGCUAACAAGGUUGUUGUGUUUGGUGAGCUUCUGUACUAUGGUCUACCUCCAUUUCCCGGUGUACUAACGCCACAAACGUCCCCCCAAGACCCAAAUUGGAACCCUGCACUCGAUCUACAAGCAAUGGACAGAGCCUUCCGCAUCGGCCAACUGCGCGACGUGACCGUAUACCGCCUCCUCGCCGCCGGCUCUGUCGAAGAGCUCAUCUACGCGCGGCAGAUCUACAAGCAGCAGCAAAUGGCGAUUGGGUACAACGCGAGCAUCCAGACGAGGUACUUUGAGGGUGUUCAGGGAGAUAAUGCGAAGAAGGGGGAGUUGUUUGGGUUGGAGAAUAUAUUCAAACUGCAUGAAGGAGCUGUGGCGACGAAGCAUGUGAUUGAAAAGGCACAUAUUGCAGAGCUUGAUUGGGCGCUUGCGAACAUGGAGAAACAGACGGGGAAGAAGAUAAAGAGCAGCAAUGAGCUGGCGCACGUCAACGAGGAAGAAGCGGUAUUUCUCAAGGAGGAUAAGAAGGACUCCUUGAAGGGAUUGGGUUCUCUACUCUUCGACGACUCAGUUCCCCAACCCAAGAAAGGCUCCAAUACAAUUGACGAAACAAUCAAACAAAUUGGGGUCCGAUACAUUCACCACAACGACAAAAUCCUCGAGCCGAGCCAUGUACAGGCUAUGCAGCUUAAAAUAAGCAUAGAGAACCUAAAGAAGAAGAGGCGCGAAGCAAAGGCGGCAAAGGCGGGAUCAGCAGCAUCUGGGAGCAAAUACGGGAAACGUAAAGGUAAACAGAAGGAUGAGGGGAUCUCAAAAGAGAAAGAGAAACCCAAGCCUGCUGCCGUAUGGCCACCCCCUAAUAGGGGGAAAAACCGUAAAAAGACCACUGUGCCUGUCCCAUCCCAGCUUGAGAUGAGACGUGAGGCGCUCGUCGAUUCGGGCGCGAUAAAUUGCGAAGCAGACAUUUACGACUUUGCGCAGAAGUUUGUUGCGAUGUGUCCGGAAGAGCAACUCGAGGUCCUUCGACUUGUUGAUCAGGCAGCUGAGGAGGUGGCAAAGAAGAGAGCAGCCGGUUCCUCGUCAGAUUGA